AUGUCCAAGACAAAGAAUAAGGUGGACCAAAUGAGCACUGCUGACUGGCAACAGUAUCACCAGUUGCUGUCCAACCACCAGCUCAUGAAGUACUUUGCCGAUGAGGUACAUCGCUUCGCGCGGUGCCCCAUGAAACCAGACGACGUGUUGCGUCGAUUUAGCUUGAAUGGUGAUGGCCACCUUGAUCUCCGCGAGUUUCAGCUAGCAGUGACUCGACUAGAGAUUGUGGCUCCGUCUUCGCUUCAGAGCAACGGGUCAAGUCAAGAGCUACAGCCCGAUCGAGAUCUAGAGAGGGCUAAGGAGCUCUAUUUGGUGUUUUGUCCUACACAAACACGCAAAUUAGAUAUCGAUCUCUUUUGCCGUAUUAUGACGGAAUGGUCUUUGCAGCUAAUGCGAUCAAGUUAUCAGCACGAUCCGUCAUCCCGAUUGGCCUCACCAAUGCCGACACUAUCGAUGAACAAACGUAUUCAGUACUCGUCUCCCCGCACACCAUUGGCAACUCCGUACGCCACCCAGGCCACUCUCAACGCGAGUCGCACUAUUGCGGGUAAUGAAGGCAAUACCGAUUCAAAUGGGCAUAGUACCCACCUCCUGGAGGGCGAAGCUCUGUGGCAAAGACUAACGACGUCAAUCACGCAAAACGGUGAAAAACUCCGUCAGAUCUUCUUCAAGAUGGACGUAAUGAGCUCCGGCAAGGUCAGUCCGGAGGAGCUCGAGUUGGCGUUGAGUCAUAUUGGCGUAUUUCUUACUACACGCGAGUACGAAAAGCUAUACAUGUCGCUCGGUGAGGACGUGAAAGAGUAUACACGAGAUGGUGCAAGCAAUGGAAAAUGGCGCGGAAGGGGAGGCAAUGGGAAUGCAUUUACCAUCAAGUACGCUGCUUUCUUAGAUCUGUUUCAAGAGAAAGAUGGGGUGGAUCAUCGAACGCAAACAAUGCCAUCCAAUUCAAAACUAGUGUCUCCUCCAGUCGUGGGGAUCGGCAGUGCUCGCCUUUGGGACUUGCUCGUAGCGGCUUUCGAAAAACUUCAAUCGCUUUUCCACCAGUAUCAACGUAUUGGACAAUACUAUCUACCUCCCGAGACAUUUCGAGACUGCCUGCUACGCUGUGGAAUUACUCUUAGUAACGCUGACUUCGCAGCUCUACGUGUUCGUUUAUUACCAUUCUCGGAUUCUGCUGGCUCAAUUGGAGUUGGUCCUCUUCUGGAGGCAUUGAAAGCAGCUGAUCGUACAACUAUGAAGUCAAAGGCAUCUCCUGGCGUACCUGGUACCUCUGUUGGCUACGUCAGUCAGUCUCCUAUUCGUCUUGGGAAGAAAGCAGUACAGUCGACAGCAUACAGUCCCGUGAUUAGUGGUAGCGAACCUUAUCCAGCAGGAAAAUCGACGCAGGAGAGAAAUGCUGAGGCAAACCGAACUAUUGUCAAAAUUUGUGACGAGCGACGCAGAGAGAGUGAACUCCACUUUCCCACAGCGACUACGAGUCCAAGAGCUGCUAACACCGGAGAAAGUGAGGCUUAUCUUGAACAUCAACACCGGCGCCAGGAUCCAUUUUUCUCGACGGGCAAACCCCCUCCAGCCCUGGAAGCUCGUAUCUUGGCCAAGCUUCAACAGUUGAAGCAGCUCGGACAAUUAUCUGGAUCCUCACCUCAAAGUGUCUUCCCUGGCGAUCGAUUUGGCCACAUUACGAGAGGUCAGUUCCGCCAGAGUCUCGCGCACUUGAACCUGUUGGUUCGGUAUGCCGAUGUUGAGGCACUUUUCUGGACUCUAGACACCCAAGGACGUGGAUAUAUAACGGCACAAGACUUUUACGAUCAUCUGAAUACCUUUGCUACUCAGCAAAAAGCCACUGAAUCCUCCCAGCAGCUCCCUAGCAUUUCCAUUGAUGGGUCGAUACAACGUGCUCGGCUUCGGCUUCCCCGCUCCGUCCAAAAGAUUUUUGAGAAAAUGUUAGUAGAGCUUCCACGCAUCAUCGCAAUCUGUGAACGCAUGGAUACCAACCAGACUGGUUCAGUCUCUACAACAGAAUUGCUGCAGGCUAUUCAUGAACUUGGUAUCAUGGCGUCUAUAGCAGAUAAACAGGCUGCUAUUGAGGCUCUCAACCGUGAUCAAUCACAACAAUCCGACCAAAUCCCGUAUCGUUCUCUUGAAGAUCGUCUUGGAGCUCUUUGUAGCGACUUACUAUCACCGAAAAAGCGCAAGAAGCACCUCUCUACGACGUCGGUACUGUUGGCUCCGUACGAAGAGCUGCCUACAGAUGUAGAAUCUUCGUACAACCACACCAACGACACGCUCUGGAACUGUCCACGUCGACGUAUGGUUCAAGAUCAUCGGGCUGCGAGGUCUUCUAUUCGAAUUACAGACGAGAUCAGUAACCCCCAUACUCAGGUUCACCCCGUACAACCGUCCAGGAGAUCUACUGCCGUGGAUGAUGUCAAUUCACGUCAGGAGCGAAGACACCGUGUGGCUCUGGUGAGCAUACUACAGGAUCUACUGGAGCGACGCAGUGACCUAAAAACUGCUCUUGAUUUGCACCGCCGUGCUGAUGCUCGAGGUCAUGUUACUAAGAAGGACCUUGUAGAAGUAUUGCUGACUUCCCGCUUAAACCUACAUUUCCCUACCGGGGCUCCAGCAGCUCAAGAACUCGUGGAUGAAUUGUACCCCUCACUCCAUCCAGAGAGCGGCCUCGGGUUCUUGGAUAUCUUACGACGUAUUAGCGAGCUGCUCGGUGAAGUUACCAAGGAGCUAUCGUCAGCACCAACACCGUCGGGCAAUCGUCCUCUUUCUACCUUUUCAACGAACCCGUACCAACAUCCCCAACGGCCAACUGGGCGGAGACUGAAUAAUAGUCUCGAUAUGCACAGCUCCGUGCUGCCUACAACGUCAGGCUCGUUCACAAAGCUCUCCUUGUUGUCUAAUGGAGAAACGUUGGCCGGUAGUGCGUCAACGGUGCGACGCAAACUGCUGCAGGACAGUAGACUGAAGAACCUACUGGACUCCGACUACGGGCUUCAGAGUGCUGCUGUGCUCGUUAGACAUGCGUUCAAGGGUCUGGCCCCACGCGAAAUGGUUGUCCCGAUUGAUAAUGGGGAGUUCGAGGCGACAUGCCGAGCGAGUGACAUUAAACACGUGUGCUACCGACUUGGACUCGAUUUGGAUCUGCAGGAGCAACAAUUUGUUGCGAGCAGUGUUGACACUGGAGACAGCGGCUUUGUGUCUUCCCCCGAUCUGCUCGACUUCUUCACCAAACUUGUCAAGACUGGAGACUGUACUGCUUCAAACUCCUUCAGCAAGGAAAAAGAAUCUAGAUCUGACAACCGGCGCUCGGUAACGUUCUGCGAGGACCGACCAGUACUACGAGAGUAUUAA